GGACGACGCGGAGUACGCUCGCUCGGUGCCAUCCGACGAUCGACUCGCAGCUCGGCGACAUUGGGGAAGCGUUUGAAACAAGGAGUCACCCCCCGCCUUUUUACUGGUGGCCGUAAAAGGGCGAACAUGCCUGCGCGACCUUGCCAGCGGUGUGCCGAGCACUCUGCCGCUCUGAAACGGCCCAAAACGGGAGAAGCCGUGUGCCGAGAGUGUUUCUAUCUGGCUUUCGAGGAGGAGGUCCAUGAGACAAUCGUACGCAACGCUCUAUUCGAGCGAGGGGAUGUGGUCGCCAUUGGUGCAUCAGGCGGCAAAGAUUCGACAGUGCUGGCCUAUGUCCUCAAGACCUUGAACGAGCGUCAUGACUAUGGUCUACAGCUGGUUCUGCUCUCUGUUGAUGAAGGCAUCUCGGGCUAUCGUGACGAUUCACUUGAAACAGUCAAGCGCAACCAACAGCAAUAUGCAUUGCCCCUCACCAUUGUCUCCUACAAGGAGUUGUACGGUUGGACGAUGGACGAAAUCGUCGCGGCCGUGGGACGCAAGAGUAACUGCACAUUUUGUGGCGUAUUUCGCCGACAAGCUCUCGAUCGCGGGGCGCACUUGCUCAAGGUCAACAAGGUGGUGACUGGGCACAAUGCCGAUGAUGUGGCCGAGACGGUGCUCAUGAACAUCUUGCGAGGAGACAUUGCACGCCUACAACGCUGCACGGAGAUUGUGACGGGCGACGACGGCGAUUUGCCUCGCUCCAAGCCGUUCAAAUACACCUAUGAGAAAGAGAUUGUCAUGUAUGCGUACUUCAAAAAGUUGGAUUAUUUCUCGACGGAAUGCAUCUACGCGCCCAACGCCUAUCGGGGGCAUGCGCGCGUGCUGCUCAAGGACUUGGAGAAGAUUCGGCCGAGCGCCAUCAUCGAUAUCAUUCGCAGCGGUGAAGCCAUGGCUGUCAAGGAUACCGUGUCUACGGCCAUCAAGGGUAGGUAUAUCAGCUCGCAACAAAGGUUUCUGUGCAUUGCGUCACUUGGACUCAACAAGGGCAUGCCCAAGCUCGCCAUCGGUAAGAAGGCGCACGAGCUGCGAUUGCGAGCCACCGAGGGCACGCCGGAGGAGCGCCCACUGACGGUCGAAGCCAUUGGCUCUACGGUACAAAAUUUUGCCGCCGCAAGCGCGGAUCCGGGUCCUCGCAAGGUCAACCCCAAGCACGUGGUGAAUGAUUGGUGAGCCAAGACCGGAUAUUUCGCCAUGCGUGCUGUGUGUACGCCCCAGCGCUGUGCGUGCGGGCUGGUGAUUACGUGUACCUUGGCAAUCAUCGUGUGUGGGUGACAUGCCAUUGAAGAUUGAGAUCAGUGAAGCACGACGUGUCACUGCUCCCAUUCAAUCCCAAAUUGACAUGUGAAGAGCGUGCCAGCCAGCGUUGUUGACUGUUUCGCAUCAUUCGAA